ACCCGAGUGGGAUUCAUGACAUGUAGCAGUCAGCCGGUAUGCAUGCAUUACCUCAGUCAAUAGACAGCCAAGAACUAUGAAUUUGCGUUAAACCCAGAUUUUAUGAAUAAAAAGGUCUGACCGUGUCUCUUAGCGACUGUUAUAUUUCAGGACAUAAACACACUCCAUACUAGUAUUCCGCAUCGCAGGCUGGUUAUAAUUGUAAUUUAUAGUGAAGAUGUCAGUGGUGGGAUUUGAUGUCGGCUUUCAGAGCUGUUAUGUUGCUGUUGCUCGGGCCGGUGGAAUAGAAACCGCAGCGAACGAAUACAGCGACCGAUGUACACCGUCAUUUGUAUCUUUUGGGCCUCGUAAUCGUUCGAUAGGAGCAGCCGCUAAGAGCCAGGUGGUCACAAACUGCAAGAACACUGUGCAGGGAUUCAAGCGUUUCCAUGGCAGGGCGUUCAGUGACCCGUACGUCCAAUCAGCAAAGUCCAGUCUGGUCUAUGAUCUCGCAAAGAUGCCCUCGGGGACCACUGGCAUCAAAGUCAUGUAUAUGGAGGAGGAGAGGGUGUUCAGCAUAGAGCAGGUCACUGCUAUGCUGCUGACCAAACUUAAGGAAACCGCCGAGGCUGCUCUCAAAAAACCUGUGGCAGACUGUGUCAUUUCUGUUCCCAGUUUCUACACUGAUGCUGAGAGAAGAUCAGUCAUAGAUGCUGCACAGAUCGCAGGUCUUAACUGCCUGAGACUCAUGAAUGACACUACAUCAGUUGCACUGGCUUAUGGGAUUUACAAGCAGGACCUGCCUGCUCCUGAAGAGAAGCCCAGAAUCGUAGUGUUUGUGGAUGUUGGCCAUGCUACUUACCAAGUCUCCGUGUGUGCCUUUAACAAGGGGAAAUUGAAAGUUCUGGGUACUGCAUUUGAUCCCGAGCUGGGUGGUAAAGACUUCGAUGACGUGUUGGUCAAUUACUUUGUUGAGGAGUUUGCCCACAAGUACAAGCUGGAUGUGCGCUCAAAGCCUCGCGCUUUGGUGCGACUCUGCCAAGAGUGCGAGAAGCUGAAGAAGCUUAUGAGCGCCAACUCCUCUGACUUGCCGCUCAACAUCGAAUGCUUCAUGAAUGACAUCGAUGUUACCAGCACACUCAACAGAACCAAGUUUGAGGAGCUCUGCGCAGGACUGCUGGCCAAGGUGGAGGGUCCUCUGCACAGCGUCAUGGAACAGAUCAAGCUAAAGAAGGACGACAUCUAUGCAGUGGAGAUUAUAGGUGGUGCCUCCAGGAUUCCAGCCAUUAAAGAGAAAAUCAGCAAAUUCUUUGGGAAGGAGCUGAACACAACGCUCAAUGCAGAUGAGGCCGUGGCCAGAGGAUGUGCACUGCAGUGUGCUAUUCUGUCACCCUCCUUUAAAGUGCGUGAGUUCUCCAUCACGGAUGUGGUUCCCUACCCCGUCUCUCUAAGAUGGACUUCAGCGGCUGACGAAGGCAUUGGGUUUGUUAGCGAUUGUGAAGUAUUCCCAAAGAACCAUGCAGCACCUUUCUCUAAAGUAUUGACUUUCUACCGGAAGGAGCCCUUCACUUUGGAAGCCUACUACAGCAAUCCAAAACACUUGCCGUAUCCUGACCCAACAAUAGGCCAGUUUAACAUCCAAAAGGUUGUGCCUCAGCAAUCAGGUGAGAGCAGCAAGGUGAAGGUCAAGGUUCGUGUCGAUGUGCACGGGGUCUUCAGUGUGUCCAGCGCUUCUCUUGUGGAGGUCAUCAAAUCGGGUGAAGGAGAAGAACCUAUGGAGACAGACACCCCAGCAAAGGAGGACGAGAACAAGAUGCAAGUGGAUCAAGAUGUACAGAAGAAUCAAAGUGAUGAUCAGAAAGAAAAUGCUGACAAGAGAUCAGAAACUGAGGAGAUGGAGACCUCAGCAGAAGAUAACAAACAGGAUAAGAAGAACGAUCAGCCUCCGCAAGCCAAGAAAGCCAAAGUCAAGACAAAGUCGGUGGAGCUUCCCAUUGAGAACAGACUGCACUGGCAGCUGACCGGUGACGUGUUCAAUAUGUUUGUGGAGAAUGAGGGUAAGAUGAUAAUGCAGGACAAGCUGGAGAAGGAAAGGAAUGAUGCCAAGAACUAUGUGGAGGAAUAUGUUUAUGAAAUGAGAGACAAGCUGCACGGAGCGCUGGAGAAAUUUGUUAGCGAGGCUGACCGAGAUUCUUUCUCCUUAAAACUGGAGGAUACUGAAAACUGGUUGUAUGAAGAAGGAGAGGACCAACAGAAGCAAGUGUACAUUGACAAACUGGCAGAACUGAAAAAACUAGGAGAUCCGAUUCGAAGCAGAUACAUUGAAGCUGAUGAGCGACCGAGGGCUUUUGAUGAGCUUGGAAGACAAGUCCAGCAAUACAUAAAGAUUUUAGAGGCUUACAAGGCCAAGGAUGAGCUGUAUGAUCAUUUAGAUGAGUUGGAUGUCAUGAAAGUGGAGAAGCAGGUGAAUGAAGCCAUGACCUGGAUGAACAACAAAAUGAACCUGCAGAGCAAACAGUCUCUUAGCCAGGACCCUGUGGUUCAAACUCAAGAGAUCCGGGCCAAAACGAAGGAGCUGUACUCCUCUUGCAAUCAUAUCAUAACCAAACCCAAGCCCAAAGUGGAGCCUCCCAAGGAGGAGAAGACAGCUGAACAGAAUGGCCCUGUUAACGGACAAGAGGGCUCAGAGGCCCAGACGGCCAGUCCAGAGAAGGGCCAGGCCGCCCCAGAAAACACAGAGGCCAAACUUCCUGAAAUGGACAUUGACUAAGUCUCUUUGGCCUUCUCCUCUUUCAACCCCAGGCUCCAGCCUCUCUUGCACAUCUGUAAUAACACAAACAAACUCAAAAGCAUCCAAACAAAAAAAGCAUCUCAACACGAUUGAUUUUUGUGAUGCUGGCUUGCCCACUCCAGCAAUUCUCUUGCUGUUGGUGGCAUGUUUUCUGCUGUUUUGUGUAAACAUGUAAAGACUUUUUUUCUACAUUUUCCCCCUCUUUUCUUCAGCUUGGAAACGUGUUACAGGUACAGGUUGAGAACCUGGUCUCUGUUGCUUUUCAGACAUCUGCAGUUUCCUGGAAGGAACUUGAGGAUCUGCACAGUUCAAUGGACUCGAGCUACAUACUAGACACUGUUAAAUGUUCCGUUAUGCUGUUUGGAGAUCUUAUUGGCUUUGACAAUUUGUUGUUUCUCGAUUAACCUCACAUGUUGUUGUGUUAAAUCUGAAAAUUCAAAAUAUUUUUUUUGUGAAGGAGCACUGAAAGAGAGGUUUACUAACAGCUGAUGCCAGUUCCAGACACAAUGGCAUGAACUGCAGUAUAAGUUAUAAAGUAGAGUUGAGUUACUGUUAUUCAGUAUUUCAUUGUAAAACUUGCAUCAUUUUGUGACUAUAGGCUGUGUGUGGUCGGUAUAGGCCUGGGGUUUCUGUUCUUUUCUUUUCUAAUCUGCAUACCCAACGUGAAUGGUGGAGACUUAAUUUGGUGUCCACUCCAGUCAGAAAUUAAGGUAAUUAUAAUAAACCAUUCAGUUUGAUAUAAAGAUGCAAAGGAGUUAUUGCAAUGUUGUUUAUAAUUUUAUUGAAGAUGUUCAGCAGAUUGUGUGCUGCAGGAGUCCCUCGUAAGUGUCAGACACACAGGAUGUAUAUACAUAUAUACUGCUUUACUGUCAGUGUAAUAAUUAUGGUGUCAGUUUACUGAGCUGUUAGAAAUAAAGGACAUCGGAGGUAUUUUGACCAUCAAUUUUGAAGAGAUGUUUUUGAUAAAACAAAAUGUUCAACACAUUCCCUAAAUACAAGAGCUCAAAAAAAGGUUUUAGUUUGAAUUUAUGAAUGUUCAAGUAUGUAUUUGUGAUGUUCCUUCUAGAUUUUACAUUAUCCAAUGUUUUCAAAGAUUUAAGAGUACAUACUGUAUAUAAAAUGUUUAUUGAUUGAUACUGGAUUUUUAAUGGCUGAUGCAGAUAUCUCAGGCUGACACAAAUGAACCAUUAUUUUAUGCAAUAUUUACUCAUAGCAAAAAAUUAUUGGUUUGAUCCAUUGACAAGGAUGUGUCAGUUGGAACUCACACAAGCCCA